CAUGUCCUGUCCGUAGACGUACGAUGCACCAAGAAGUCUUUGGACGUUUCACUGACGUUCGACAUGCCCUUUCGAGGUGUCAUCUAUUCAAAAGGAUUCUUUAACGAUCCACAAUGCAGGCAUGUGGGCCCUGAAGGAAAGCCAAGUAGAGUCGUGCGAUUCACGAUGCAGGCGGAUCGCUGUGGGACAUGUCUUGUCAAAGGCGGUUCGAGCAGGCACGAGUCCUCAAUUGAAAGCACCAUAGUUGUACAGAAUGAAUUAGAAAUACAGGACGCAUCAGACACUGCUCGCAAGCUCCGCUGCUCUUGGGAUGGCCACUUCGACCGCACCGUAUCUUCAUCUCUCCACGUCGACACUCUUAACGUUCUACAGGCACGCUAUGCCGGAACGUCCGGUGAUACCUUUAUGGACGUCCAAUUAGGCCGUGGUCCCUUCGCCUCUCCAGUGACGGGUGUAGUGAAAAUUGGGGACACACUCACAGUCGUCGUGUACGCUCUCGGCAAUGACAUGGACGUUCAUAUCAAAGGCUGUCUGGCCCACGACGGAAACAUAAGCCACGCAGUCCAGUUGACUGAUGCCCUCGGCUGCGUACUUAAGCCUAAGCUGCUGGGCCCAUGGCAGAAGACUAAGAAAACCGGAGCAACUGGAGCAAGCGCUAUGGCAUUCGCAUACUUGAAAGCGUUCAAGUUUCCUGACAAAGUCGAAGUGCACCUUGAAUGCAACGUAGAGAUGUGCAGCAGACAGUGCUCUUAUAUAUGCCCACAACAAACGAAGCGGAGCAAAAGGCAGCACGACGACAAUCAUACGUCUUCGAAACUGCCUUCAACAAAAUCUGGCCCACCAGCACACGUAACAAGAGAGAUUCGUGUCGUUUCUCCGGAAGACCUGUUUGCUUUAGAUGAUCCAGGAUUGGUUAGAACUCCAAAAGUGGGAACUGUGCCGACGGCAACAGGCGGUGUGUGUAUGUCGGUUCUUGGCUUUGUGCUCUUCGUUUCGAUUAUAUUGUUACUUCUCUUCGGAUCCUGCGUCACAACGACCAUGCUAUUUCUUCGCGUUCGACAGCUACUGCCAGCUGCGCAACUUGGCUGCAGUCUCCUAAGUAGUGCGGCAAUACCAAGCGUUACCCGCGACGUCGUGACCACCAGGAGCGAAAAGAAAGUGUCUAGGCUGAAGGCUAUUGUGUCCGGCCUGUAAAACCCC